GGACCGCUCCUGGGAGCGCGGGGAGGGGUUCGAAAGUUCCGGGGAGCAGGGUGAGCAGUAUUGGGAGAGCUGCGGGCACCACAGACGGGAGGCGGUGGUUCUAGGAGAGGUCCCUACUCGCCGAGGGAGACUCGAGGUGGUGGGGAGGGCGCGGCCUGUGGGGCCCCAGGGGCCUGAGGGGGAGGGACGCUUGGGGGUGCAGGAAGCAAAUUGGCUGCCCGGGGUGCAGGAGGGACAGGUGGUGCUGGCUGUCCAAGAAACAUACCUGGACGGGAAGAGGUCCCAGGAGGGAGAGGCGCCCCCUGAGGGGCACAGGAUCCGGAGGCGCAGGCGGAGGAGGAGGUGGUAACCUACUGGCUGGCUGUCGAGCCAGGAUCGCUCUAGGGCCAAACCGAGGGCAAAAUGUAGGAGUUUGGGGAGUGGGGAGCAGAAGAGCGCUGUGAACCUGAGAGCGUUGGGAGCCACUGCCCGAGUGCAGGCAGUGUCCUGCUGGAUCGUCUUCUGCCACCUCAUCCUGGGCAUCAUCGAAGCUGUGUCUACAGGGAGGCAACAGAAGGCAGCAGAGGCUGGGGACCAGCAGCAUGCAGCCGGAGGAGGGCACAGGCUGGCUGCUGGAGCUGCUGUCAGAGGUGCAGCUGCAACAGUACUUCCUGCGGCUCCGCGACGACCUCAAUGUUACCCGCCUGUCCCACUUUGAGUAUGUCAAGAAUGAGGACCUGGAGAAGAUUGGCAUGGGCCGGCCUGGCCAGAGGCGGCUGUGGGAGGCUGUGAAGCGGAGAAAGGCCCUGUGCAAACGCAAGUCCUGGAUGAGCAAGGUAUUCAGUGGAAAGCGGCUGGAGGCUGAGUUCCCUCCUCAUCACUCUCAGAGCACCUUCCGGAAGACCUCGCCCACCCCCGGGGGCCCAGCGGGGGAGGGGCCCCUGCAGAGCCUCACCUGCCUCAUUGGGGAGAAAGACCUGCAUCUCUUUGAGAAGCUCGGAGAUGGCUCCUUUGGCGUGGUGCGCAGGGGCGAGUGGGAUGCCCCCUCAGGGAAGACGGUGAGUGUGGCUGUGAAGUGCCUGAAGCCUGACGUGCUAAGCCAGCCAGAGGCCAUGGACGACUUCAUCCGGGAGGUGAACGCCAUGCACUCUCUCGACCACCGAAACCUCAUCCGCCUGUACGGUGUGGUGCUCACGCCACCCAUGAAGAUGGUGACAGAGCUGGCGCCUCUGGGAUCAUUGUUGGACAGGCUUCGCAAGCACCAGGGCCACUUCCUUCUGGGUACUCUGAGCCGCUAUGCUGUGCAGGUUGCCGAGGGCAUGGGCUACCUGGAGUCCAAGCGCUUUAUCCACCGUGACCUGGCUGCCCGCAAUUUGCUGUUGGCCACCCGAGACCUGGUCAAGAUCGGGGACUUUGGGCUGAUGCGAGCGCUACCCCAGAACGACGACCACUACGUCAUGCAGGAGCAUCGCAAGGUGCCCUUUGCCUGGUGUGCCCCCGAGAGCCUGAAGACACGCACCUUCUCCCAUGCCAGCGACACCUGGAUGUUUGGGGUGACGCUGUGGGAGAUGUUCACCUAUGGCCAGGAGCCCUGGAUUGGCCUCAACGGCAGCCAGAUCCUGCAUAAGAUUGACAAGGAGGGGGAGCGUCUGCCGCGGCCAGAGGACUGUCCCCAGGACAUCUACAAUGUCAUGGUCCAGUGCUGGGCUCACAAGCCAGAGGACAGACCCAGCUUUGUGGCCCUGCGGGACUUCCUGCUGGAGGCCCAGCCCACUGACAUGCGGGCCCUUCAGGACUUUGAGGAGCCAGACAAGCUGCACAUCCAGAUGAAUGACGUCAUCACCGUCAUCGAGGGGAGGGCUGAGAAUUACUGGUGGCGUGGGCAGAAUACUCGGACGCUGUGUGUGGGGCCCUUCCCUCGCAAUGUGGUGACCUCCGUGGCUGGCCUGUCGGCCCAGGACAUCAGCCAGCCUCUGCAGAAUAGCUUCAUCCACACAGGGCAUGGCGACAGCGACCCCCGCCACUGCUGGGGCUUUCCCGACAAGAUCGAUGAACUGUAUCUGGGAAAUCCUAUGGACCCUCCCGACCUGCUGAGCGUGGAAUUGAGCACCUCCCGCCCCACCCAGCAUCUGGGAAGGGUGAAAAGGGAGCCUCCACCUCGCCCACCUCAGCCUGCCAUCUUCACUCAGAAACCAACCUAUGACCCUGUGAGCGAGGACCAAGACCCCCUGUCCAGUGAGUUCAAGAGGCUGGUGCUGCGGAAGCCAGGCCUGCCCCGUGGGCUGUGGCUGGCAAAGCCGUCGGCCCGGGUGCCGGGCACCAAGGCAGGCCGCGGCGGCAACGGCGAGGUCACACUCAUCGACUUCGGCGAGGAGCCCGUGGUCCCGGCCCCACGGCCCUGUGCGCCCUCACUGGCGCAGCUGGCCAUGGAUGCCUGCUCCUUGCUGGACAAGACCCCGCCGCAGAGCCCCACUCGGGCCCUGCCCCGGCCCCUGCACCCCACACCUGUGGUGGACUGGGAUGCCCGCCCACUGCCCCCGCCACCCGCCUACGACGAAGUGGCCCAAGACGAGGACGACUUUGAGGUCUGCUCCAUCAACAGCACCCUGGUGGGCGCAGGAGUCUCCCCCGGCCCCACCCAGGGAGAGACCCACUACGCCUUUGGGCCUGAGCAGCCGCGGCUCCUCCCUCCGGUGGAGGAUAACCUGUUCCUCCCGCCCCAGGGUGGGGGCAAGCUACCCUCCUCAGCCCAGACCGAAGAGAUCUUCCAGGCGCUGCAGCAGGAGUGCAUGCGGCACCUGCAGGUCCCGGCCCGCUCGCUGGGCUCCUCACCCAGCCCGGUGAGCGACGACAGGCCCCAGGUGCCCCCACGGGUGCCCAUCCCCCCGAGGCCUGCGCGCCCACGUGGCGAGCUGUCCCCAGCCCUGUCAGGCGAAGAGGAGACAGGGCGGUGGCCUGGACCUGCCUCCCCUCCCUUGGUGCCUCCCCGGGAGCCUGUGUCCCCUCAAAGCUCAAGGACCCCUAGCCCCCUGGUGCCACGUGGCAGCUCCCCGCUGCCACCGUGGCUCUCAAGCUCACCUGGGAAGACCAUGCCCACCACCCAGAGCUUCGCUUCAGACCCCAAGUACGCCACACCCCAAGUGAUCCAGGCACCUGGCCCACGGGCCGGGCCCUGUAUCCUGCCCAUCGUCCGAGAUGGCAAGAAGGUCAGCAGCACCCACUACUACCUGCUGCCUGAGCGCCCACCCUAUUUGGAGCGCUACCAGCGCUUCCUGCGUGAGGCCCAGAGCCCCGAAGAGCCAGCCCCCCUGCCUGUGCCCCUGCUACCCCCACCCAGCACCCCAGCCCCUGCUGCCCCCACUGCCACUGUUCGUCCCAUGCCCCAGGCUGCCCCAGACCCCAAGGCCAACUUCUCCACCAACAACAGCAACCCAGGGGCACGGCCACCAGCCCUGAGGGCCACUGCCCGACUGCCACAGAGGGCCUGCCCUGGGGACGGGCCGGAGGCUGCACGGCCAGCAGAUAAGAUCCAGAUGCUGCAGGCCAUGGUGCAUGGGGUGACCACAGAGGAGUGCCAGGCCGCCCUGCAGAGCCACGGCUGGAGCGUGCAGAGGGCUGCCCAGUAUCUGAAGGUGGAGCAGCUUUUUGGGUUGGGUCUGCGGCCGCGAGGCGAGUGCCACAAAGUGCUGGAGAUGUUCGAUUGGGACCUGGAGCAGGCCGGCUGCCACCUGCUGGGCCCCUGUGGCUCUGCCCAGCACAAGCGCUGAGAUGUCUGUAGAACAAGAGGGUCUGCCCUGAAGGAAUAACUUGAGCCUGUCCAUCUGACAAGGGCAGGGAUGCCCAUUUCAGGCCUGGAGGACCUGCUGCCACCCACUGCUUCCAGUGGCAGAGGGGGGGCCAAAGCAGCAGGAGGCUGGGAGCCCCGCCUUGCCUCCCUCCCUCACCCAGCGCCAUCCCUGCAACUUCGGUUCAGCCCUCGGUGCACCCAGCCAAGGUGCAGGAAGGAGCCCCAUGAAGGCAGGCCUGGGGGUGGCCUCAUGGCCCCUACAGCUGACCUGCCUCUGGCUCCACCCUGGCGGGGCUGUGGAUGUCCCCGAGUCCUGCCGACGGGGAAGCCAGGCUUGACCCCAGGCCUGGAGUUGUGUUGGCCACAAGGAGAGGUGGAUGACACAGGGCUGGGCCCUUCUCCAGAAAGCCCCUGGUGGGCAGUUGGGGUGUUGGACAGAGUGUGACUUGUGGCCUCUCCGUGGACAUGUUAUGGGACUUGGCUGUUCUUAGGAUCUUGUGCCUGGAAAUAGCCUGAGGUGGCUCAGGAAGCAGAGCAAGUGUGCCAGAUAAUUCUCUGGCAGGGACCAGGGCCCAAGGCCCCAGGGUUGGAAGGAGACCAAGGGGGCAGCUGCCCUCGAGGGACACCAGUGCUUCCUCUUUGACCCAACUCUUUCCCUGUGCCGUUCUGUUUUCCCACCAGCCUCUGUUGCCAAAGUUGCUGCCCCAGUUAUGGAUUCCUGCUUCUUCCAGAGAAAUAAAAUUAGUUUCUAUUUUAUGUUA